UUGUUCCAUCGACACGAUACUGCUUGUUAGUCAUCCGUCCCCGCUCCUUUCUGCUGGCCACUCGCCCCGCCCCGUCCCCAGCAUAAUGGCUCCCGAAUUCUAGGCUCCCGCGACGACCAAAGGAGACAGCGUCAAAGGUGCCGUGGAAAGACCCGGCGACAAACACGAAAAAAACACGGAGCAACAGACAACAGACAGCAAACGAGAAUGCCCAGACUCCUGCACGCCCUCGCCCACCACAAGCACAUCUUCCCUUCAGACUCCUCUUCGUCACACCAAGACUAUAAUGCGUCCAUGCAGGACCCAAACAGGUUACGUUCACGGCUACACGCCUUGUUCCACUCGAAAGACAACCAUCCGCAGGAUGACGAUGCACAAGACAGUCGACAACAACGAGCCAUACAAGCAAUAGACGGCGACGAUUGGUCAGGCGAUGGUCAUGAUACUUCUAGAUCGAUGAGCUUUUCAUUUUCAAAUGGAUCAGAGAUCGGAAGUACGGUUGCGCCUCCAAAACCGCAGCGGGAAGCUAUCAAGGUAUUGGUCAUCACUUGGAAUAUGGGCGAUGCACUCCCAAAAGGCGAUCUCUCGGUCCUUCUUGGCAAAGUACCCCCAUACAAGCCACCACAGUCACCCAUUACCGGGCUUCCAUCAUUGCCUAUUGAGAAUGCCCACCCGUACCAUAUCGUUGUGAUCGCCGGUCAAGAAUGUCCGACACCCAGCGGCGCUCCCCGUGGACUAGGCGGUGGAUUAAUAAAAGGCGUGACUCUGCGACACAAGAAGGAGAUUAAAGAAAAGAAGGAGAAAGAAAAGGAAAUCAAGGAAAAGGAUAAAGAGAUUAAAGAGGAAGCCAUCGAUCUUGAGAAAGAUGCUGAAGAUGUGGUGCAAGGAACCAAGUCUCCUGAAAUUGGCGGCGACGACGACGACAGGCUCAGAGCGACCAGCCCAAUGACUCCUCAUUCACCUUUUCUCCAUCGUCUGUCUCCAGCAGCAAAAGGCUGGAGUCAAAUGCUUGACGAUUACUUCUGUGGCCCCAAUUAUCGGUACGACGUGCCCCACUCAUUACCUUCUUCCAACCCUACAUCUUCCCGUGACUCGCCCGUACCCGCUCAUAAACCCAAUAUACAAUCUCCUGUCCCGUCGCCUCAACCCAGCGCUAUACUUCGUUCAUCGUCUGUCCCCAUGACGCCCUCUAACCCAGUCCCUACCCCUCUUGCCAAAAUAGCAGCUACGAACGGCAAGGGAAACGUUCCCAGCCCACAUGGACCUAGUCACCUUAGACCUCCUCUAAGCCCUUUGGCAACAUCACGCUCUUCUCUUGAAUCGGGCUCAAACACGUUUAUAAAUUCGUCAAGCGACGAUUCGGAGGAUAACGGUGAAGACGUUGUCCCCUACAUAAAUCCCGCAGGCGAUAAGAAACUGCAGCAAAAGCCAAAGGCCCUGUCGUCCCCGUCCAAGCAAAAGUUGAAGAGGCCAGAGAUCGUCAUUCCUACGGAAGAGACGAAAAAUGACGAUCAAGGAGCGUAUGUCCACGUGGCAAAGGAGAGGUUGCUUGGGAUGUACCUUUCCGUAUAUGUAUAUAAAGAUGCAGAGCAUCUCAUACAAGGAUUGGAUAAAGACUUUGUGACUGCAGGUUUAGCUGGUGGUCGAUUCGGUAACAAGGGCGGGAUCGGGAUAAGCCUCAAACUCGCCGAUCACCGAUUCCUGUUUGUCAACUCUCACCUCGCCGCACAUACAGAUAGACAAGCAGCCCGUCUUGCCAAUAUCGCCAAGAUCAAAUCCGAACUCCGUCUAGACUGUUUUUUACCCAAGGAUGAUCCUCGAGCGCAAGCAGAAGAUAUUGCGGAUCGAUUUGAUACUGUAUUCUGGUGUGGAGAUUUGAAUUUCCGUUUGGAACUUUCCAGAUUACAUGCCGACUGGCUUAUUGAGCAAAAGAAAUACGCGGAAGCACUCAUGUGGGAUCAACUCAAGAUGGCCAUGGCCGACCCGGAAAUCAAUCCCUUCCCUGGGUUUGAAGAGGGUCCAAUUAAUUUCCCCUGUACCUUCAAGUAUGAUGUAUGGAAAUCCGUCCGCGCAACUAACCGCGAGAUCCGGCGGAACCUCAAACGCCGCAAAUCCUCCGCCUCUGCUGCAUCAGUUGACAUUGAUUCUUCUCAAAUCUCCUCUUCCAACCCUGGUAAUGGUGGUGGCGGUGGUCGUAAAGCAGGUGGGCACCAGAAGUCUUUGAGUGGGGUGCCGGAGGCGGACGCUAUCGAGGAAAUGGGCGAGGAAACGUCUGCAUCUGCACUUGCGCCUGCGGAUGGAAUGAUGUCAGGUCAAGGGCCUAGUCCUACAUCUGGCCAAGAAUCCGACAAGGAUCAGUUAAGACCUCCAUCCAGGAGUGGUGAUAGGAGCGACGAGGAAGAUUAUGGACGACAAUCGUUCGAAUCUAGUCGAUAUACCUCCGGAGUGGCGUCGACUGUGGGUACGGAUGCGGAGGAAGACAAUUCGGACGCCGAUUCUGAACCUCGUUCGCACCACUCCCACAAUCACCGCCAGCACCACCACCAGCAGCAUAAAGCGUUUGAGAGCGCGUUGAAGGAAAAGACUCGGCAUCUGUUGGGUUUGGUCAAGAUGGAUGGGAUUUUGACGGGCAGCCCUGGCAGACGGAAUCAUAAUAGUAAUAAUAGUGAUAAUAAUAAUAUUGGAAGAAGAGUCAGUAAUAGGAACAGAGGGGAGAGUACAAGUACCGCCAGGCGGGAAAGACGCAAGGAAGAGCAAGACAGGAACGAGUACGAAUCUCGUCGGGCGUCCAUGUCGAGUUUUGCGUCUACCAACAUUGGCACCGAGUACACUACUGAACCCGACAUUGGGCGACUGUCCAAUUCUUCUUAUCGCAGUAUCCGAAAUCCUACCGCUUCAUCCCAGGAUGACCAUCUAGGCAUCCCCUCCAAAACGGAUAGAUCAGUCACUUCACACAGUUCAGCCUCACCGCCCAGCUACGCCGGCGACUGGACCAAGCCUCCUUUUACAAGGAGACUUUCAGGGAUGAAACGGACUUCGAGCAGCAAGUCGGUGUAUAGGGAAUUGGAAGAGGGGGAAGAUUUGGAUAAUGAUUUGGAUGUUGAUAGGCGCGAAGGAGUUUAUGAUAGUUCAAAAAAACAAAGAGUGCCGAGUUGGUGUGAUCGAGUGCUGUGGAAAGCGCACAUUACCCCCGAUCCACCUCUUGAGCCGAUCAGUGAAGACCAUGACCCUUCGCUUAACCAUGAACGGCCAUUAUCAAGAAUCUCCACCGCAUUUUCUAAUUUUGGUGGGCAUUUCAGGCUACCAAUGGGACGUGCAUCUACCAAGGAACCUUCUUUGCUGGUACCCACCUCAACAAGGUCUGGGAAGAAAUUGGAACAUGCUGUAAAGGAGAGUGAUGAGGAUGAUCACUGGGGGGAAAAAGUUGACAAGGCAUUGAGGUUUGAUGCGGAUCGCAAUAUGAGCGACAGUUUCGUCUCAUCGCCGCCUGAAUCGCCCGAUCUAAGAUCUACGGGGACCGAAUCGGGUCUCAUCCCUGCCCCACGGCAAGUAAGUCCUCUGGGCAAGGAACAAAAGUUCUUUUCUGCUAGUAAAUCUAUCCCGCCCCUUUUGACGCCGAAGAUGAGUCCAGUCAAGACUGAGUCAGAAUCGUCAUCUCCUCGGAUUACUCAUUCAGCUCCCGAUCCUGGCAAACGGAAACUCAGCUUUGACCCGACAUCAUCUUCGCCUUUAAAAGGAACUUCCACUCCCCCAACCGAUCAGUCGUCUCAUAUCGACCGAGUUAAAUCACCAGCUUCUCGACCUCGAUCGAAUUCUGAUAGCACUGGAGACCAAGGGGUUGAGCAGGAAAAGGAAAAGAAGAAGGGUAGAGUGAGCGAUGGCAUUGUUGGGGCUCUGGCUACUCCCACAAAAAUCGAAACCAAAUUGAGUGUUAUGGGAAGAGGAAAUGGUGCGAGCCCGAGGAACAAGAGUCCCAAGGGAACGGAUUCACCUACUAGAGCAGCUACUUGGCAGCCCUUGCAAUCUUCCAAGACAGAAUCAGCUACUAACACUGCCGAAACGCCCCUACCGCCCAUCCACUCCAAGUCAUACGCUCCUUCCCGUCCCACGUCGUCCAACAUGGACAGCAACCCUUCUUUCCAGCCUCUGACGCACGCAACGACGUUGGCUGGACCGGCGCCUACUGUCAGUAACAGGCGAGAGCACGAUAAGAACGCUUUCAUGAGGUUUUUGAGAGACUUGCCUGGGUGGUUGCAUAGGAGCGAUAGGAGUACGGAAGAGGAAAAGGAUAAAGAUGAGACUGGUGAAGAGUUGAACCAGGAGGAGAAGAGGUGGCAAAAGGGGGAAGUGAGAUGUUUGCAUUAUGGGACUAUCGAUGAUGCUGGAAUGAGACUAUUGGAAGGCAGAUCAGACCAUAGACCAGCUAUUUUCGCGGGAGCCGUGUACAUCUAGUCCGGACUUGAUCGUUUUAGACCUUUCCUGUCGCGUAGCGACUACAACAGCUGGGAAGUUUACUUUCGUUUUUAUAAAUUUUGACGAUACCUCAUGAUUACGAUACUAUGGAUUUAAUAUGGACAUUUCGAUAUAUCCCGUUCCUGCCAAGACAGGCAAAAAUCAUACAAGUGCAUGGUAUGAUAGGUAUAGUCGACUCGCAGCGUCGUUGAGCCAUUAAUAGCAAGUCACAAGAGGCAUUAAUUCAGCGACUAGUAUAUGAGGGGGUAAGGCUGGAAGUGAGAUGGUAUAAACUGUCUAAUGGAUGUAAGGUGGUCGUCAUGG